GAAAAAGAAAAAAUGAAAAAAAAUAGUGAAAAAAAUAAUAAUAAUAAAAGUUAAUUUACCUAAAAACGUACCAAUCUUUUCCUCGCAACUUUAACACUGGUUCUUCUUCCUCACUGCAUCGCCUCCGGAAGCUGAACACGAACACCAAGCUAGGGCUUCCGACCGGCGUCCAAGCUAUACCUACCGACAGUUAUACUUCUCUCUUUCGCGAGGACUGCAAUUUCUGAAGGUACUUGGGUGAGACUGGUGGCUGGGUGCGUGAAAAUAAAUUGUGAUGGUGCUUAUAGGCCAAAUGCAAGUAAAUGUGGCCUUGGUCGUGUUGUUUGUAAUAAUCUUGAACACAAAGCUGAAGAUGAAGACAGUUUCGGGAAGUAUUAUCUCAUCAAGGCCAAUUUCUCUCUCCAAAGCGACUGCCACUCUAUCGAUGUUUGUUUCCACUGAUACAGGUGCUUCCCAAGCAAUUGGCGCAUACCUCCGACGGACUUUGGCAUCAUUCAAGGAGCUAAAGCAGCUUAAAAAGGAACUCAAAACUGCUCGAUCAGAUCGCAAGCGAAAAAGGCACUCAUCAGACAUUGUGGACAAUGGAGAGAUGGCCACAGUUGAAAGUCCAAUUCAGAGUGUAGAAGGAAUUGAAGAACUAAAACUAAAUCAAGGAUCAGCAAAAGAAAGGAAAAAGCGAAAAAAACACGCAUCAGACAUUGUGGAGAAUGGAGAGAUGACCACGGGUCAAAUUCCAACUCAGAGUGUAGAAGCAACUCAAGAACUGAGUCAAGGAUCAGUACCCAAAAGGAAAAAGCAAAAAAGGCACACAUCUGACAUUGUCAACAGUGGCCACAUGACCACAGGUGAAAACCCAAUUGAGAAUGUAGAAGCAACUCAGGAACUGAAUCAAGAAUCAGUCCCCAAACGGAAAAAGCACCGGAAGAAAAAUUGAUUGUUUUAUUAGUCACCCCUGUCAAGAUUUAUAGAUUUUGUCAUUUCGAGUAGAAAAUAUGCUUACAAAGUUUUAUGAAAGAGCAAGGAUUUUGAAUUUCCGAUUCAGCAGUGUUAGCUAGUUGUCCUGUUAUGUGAGAUUGCAAUUUAGUUUAAUUUGUAAGUUAUAUCUAUUGAAAAGAAAAGGGAAUUGUCUAACAGAGUUAGAGCAAUUUAUGAUUAUAA